AUGGCUGCGAAUGUGCAGGACGUGAUCAUGCUCUUGGGCGACUCGAUCACCCAGGGCGGAUGGGAGCCGCACGGCUUCGCGCAACAGCUCGCGUACGUGUACAACCGGAAGCUGGACGUGGUCAAUCGCGGGAUGUCCGGGUACAACACGGAAUGGAUUAUCCCCGUACUCGAACAAUGCUUCGCGAAGAAAGAGGAACGCGCCCACGUCCCCGCAGUGCGCCUUCUCACCAUCUGGCUCGGCGCGAACGACGCCGCGCAGCUCCCAACCAGGCAGCACGUUCCGCUCGACAAGUACCGCGCCAACCUCCGCACGCUCGUGCGCACCGUUGCGUCCCCAGAAUCGCCGCGCUACUCCCCCGAGACGCGCGUGCUCCUGCUCACGCCGCCGCCCAUGAGCGAGAGCAUGUGGGCGCGCCGGCAGGCGGCGAAGGACCCUCCUCGUGUGCUCGACCGCAAGUUCGACGUGACGAGGGUGUAUGCGGACGCGGUGAGGGACGUUGCAGGCGAGCUGGGUGUGCAUGUCGUGGACGUGUGGACGGCGGUUUGGGAGAAGGUAGAUCGGAAGGAGGAGGGUUUGGCGGAGUACUUGUCGGAUGGUCUGCAUCUCACGCAGAACGGAUAUAAGGUCGUGUUUGAGAUCCUCAUGGACGCCAUUACCAUGCACUUCCCCGAGAUGCAUCCUGAUAAGCUACAGCCCGUAUUCCCCUACUUUGACCAGAUUGAUGACGACGAUCCACGGUUGUCGCUGCAGAAGCGAGAUGCGUUUGCGGUCUAG